CGGAGAUGGGGAGGGGAUCUUCCACUUUCGUUUCCCAGAGGCGAUGGGCGGAGUGGAGGGUGGCUUUUCCCAGGGUCCAAGCAGCAGCUGGAAGGGCUAAAGCAAACCAAGGGUGUCCCUGCCAGGGCUACCAGCGAUAGAACGGGAGCAGAAUCAUGAGGGAAGGGGCUAUUCUGGCCAUCGCCAGCAUCAGGGCACUGCAGGCCUAGCCGUGGCCCCAACAGUAUCCUUGGCUCCCCAUCUGCACAAGGCCCGCAUGGAGACUGGUGGCCUUGCAGGGCCCAAGGGGGGCUGCGGCCGCAGGAAGGAUGGAAAGGAUCAUGCAGGAGGCAGCGGUUUCCUUCCUGAUGAGAGACAAGGGAGAGAAUAACAAGAACAAAGAUUUGGCUUGGAAAAAAUAGAGUAUGUGGAACUGACGCAAACAUUACCUAAGAAGUCAAGGGGGAUAAUAUCGGAAUAACGAAAAAGUUGAAAUAACUGGCAGUAAGUCGGAAGGAAAAUGUUCCCUGGACAGCCAAAAUGGGGACACACAAGAGGACUCGCCCUGGGGAGAAACUCUUUGGAUGUCCGGAUUGUGGGAAAAGUUUCACUUGCAAUUCUAGCCUGAUCAUCCACAAAAGAUCUCACAUGGGAGAGAAACCAUAUGAGUGCUGUGAUUGUGGAAAAAGUUUCACUUGGAAUUCCCAACUGGUGAUUCACCAGAGGACUCACACAGGAGAGAAACCAUAUGAGUGUCCGGAUUGUGGGAAAAGUUUCCAGAAGAAUUCCCACCUGGUGGAUCAUCAGAGGACUCACACAGGAGAGAAACCAUAUAAGUGCUGUGAUUGUGGGAAAUGUUUCAGUCUGAGUUCCAUCCUCUUCAAACAUCGGAAGACUCACACAGUAGAAAAACCAUAUGAGUGUUCUGAUUGUGGGAAAAGUUUCAGUCAGAAUUUCUACCUAGUGAAACACCAGAAAACUCACACAAGAGAGAAAACGUAUGAGUGUCUAGAUUGUGGGAAAACCUUCAAUCAGAAUGAUAACCUCGUGAGACACCAGAGGACUCACACAGGAGAGAAACCAUAUAAAUGUCGUGAUUGUGGGAAAUGUUUCUCUCAGAAUUUUAACCUGGUAAUACACCAGAGGAUUCACACAGGAGAGAAACCAUAUAAAUGUUGUGAUUGUGGGAAAUGUUUCACUUGGCAUUACAGCCUAGUGAUACACCAGAGGACUCACACAGGAGAGAAACCAUAUAAGUGCUUGAACUGUGGGAAAACUUUCAGUCAGAAUUCCCAUCUGCUGAACCACCACAAAACUCACACGGGAGAGAAACCAUAUGAGUGUCCGGAUUGUGGGAAAACUUUCCGUCAGAAUUCCCACCUGGUGAAACAUCAGAGGACUCACACAGGAGAAAAAACGUAUGAAUGUCCAAAUUGUGGGAAAAGUUUCCAGCAGAAUUACAACCUGUUGGAACAUCAGAGGACUCACACAGGAGAGAAACCAUAUAAAUGUCCAGAUUGUGGGAAAUGUUUCUCUCGGAAUUCUAGCCUGCUGAAACACCAGAUGAUUCACAAACGACAGAAACCAUAUGAAUGUCCAGAUUUUGGGAAAAGUUUUAGUCGGAAUAUCAACCUGGUUAGUCACCAGAGGAUUCACACAGGAGAAAAACCAUAUGAGUGUCCAGAUUGUGGGAAACGUUUCAGUCAGAAUUCCCACCUGGUGAAACAUCAGAGGACUCACACAGGAGAAAAGCCAUAUGAGUGUCUUGAAUGUGGGAAAAGUUUCAGUCAGAAUUCCCAUUUGGUGAUACAUUGGAGGACUCAUACAGGAGAGAAACCGUAUGAAUGUCCGGAUUGUGGGAAAGAUUUCAGUACGAGGUCUAGUCUUAUAAAUCAUGUAAGGACUCACACAGGAGAGAAACCAUAUGAGUGUCCAGAUUGUGGGAAAAGUUUCAGUCAGAAUUCCCACCUGGUGAUUCACCAGAGGAUUCAUUCAGGAAAGAAACCAUAUAAGUGCUGUGAUUGUGGGAAAGGUUUCUCUCAGAAUUCGAGCCUGGUGGAACACCAGAGGACUCACACAGGAGAGAAACCAUACAAGUGUCCAGAUUGUGAGAAAAGUUUCAGUCAGAAUUCCAACUUGGUAAUUCACCAGAGGACUCACACAGGAGUGAAACCAUAUGAGUGUCCAGAAUGUGGGAAAAGUUUCAGUCAGAAUUCUAACCUGGUGAUUCACCAGAGGACUCAUACAGGAGAGAAACCAUAUGACUGUCUAGAUUGUGGGAAAAGUUUCAGUCAGAAUUCCCACCUGGUGAGACAUCGGUUGAGUCACACAGUAGAAAAACCAUAUAAAUGUUUGGAUUGUGGAAAAGGUUUCCAGGAUAAUUUCAACCUGAUGAGUCACCAGAGGACUCAUAUGGGAGAGAAAUCAUAUGAGUGUCCAGAUUGUGGGAAAAGUUUCAGUCGGAAUUCCAAUCUGGUGAGACAUCGGAUGACUCACACAGUAGAAAAACCAUAUAAGUGUUUGGAUUGUGGGAAAAGUUUCCAGGAUAAUUCCAAUCUGGUGAUUCACCAGAGGACUCAUACAGGAGAGAAACCAUAUGAGUGUCCAGAUUGUAGGAAAUGUUUCAGUUGGAAAUCCUACCUGGUGAGACAUCGGAUGACUCACACCGGAGAUAAACCAUAUGAGUGUUUGGAUUGUGGGAAAAGUUUCCAGGAUAAUUCCAACCUGGUGAUUCACCAGAGGACUCAUACGGGAGAGAAACCGUAUGAGUGUCCAGAUUGUAGGAAAUGUUUCAGUCAGAAUUCCCACCUAGUGGAACAUCGGAGGACUCACACAGGAGAAAAACCAUACGAGUGUCUUGAAUGUGGGAAAAGUUUCAAUCAGAAUUCCCAUUUGGUGAUACAUUGGAGGACUCAUACAGGAGAGAAACCGUAUGAAUGUCCGGAUUGUGGGAAAGAUUUCAGUAGUAGGUCUAGCCUUAUAAAUCAUGUAAGGUUACAUAUAAGGGAGUAACCAUUCAGCUACCCAGAUUGUAGACAAAGUUUGUUUUGCACAAAAUUCCUCCUUUAUCACACACAAGAAAUUGCACUUAAGGCAAAAUUUGAUGCGCGUAGAAGAAUCUUGAAUUUUGGUUCUUGACUCUCAUUUGCAUCCCAGCUGAGCAAUUUAUCAUUUAAUUUCUUGUAUGAUUAUUUUUGGAAUAGAAUGGAAUUUUUGAAUUUUGAACAUGUGACAAUGGGGAUGCUGCAAUGAUAUGAUAAAAAUGGUCAUAAGUUAUUUUUUUCAGUGCUGUUUUAACAUCACAUGAUCGCUAAAUAACAUAACAUAGUAACAGAGUUGGAAGGGACCUUGGAGGUCUUCUAGUCCAACCCCCUGUCCAGGCAGGAAACCCUACACCAUCUCAGUCAGAUGGUUAUCCAACAUUUUCUUAAAAAUUUCCAGUGUUGGAGAAUUCACAACUUCUGCAGGCAAGUUGUUCCACUUAUUGAUUGUUCUAACUGUCAGGAAAUUUCUCCUUAGUUCUAAGUUGCUUCUCUCCUUGAUUAGUUUCCACCCAUUGCUUCUUGUUCUACCCUCAGGUGCUUUGGAGAAUAGUUUGACUCCCUCUUCUUUGUGGCAACCCCUGAGAUAUUGGAACAUUGCUAUCAUGUCUCCCCUAGUCCUUCUUUUCAUUAAACUAGAAAUACCCAGUUCCUGCAACUGUUCUUCAUAUGUUUUAGCCUCCAGUCCCCUAAUCAUCUUUGUUCCUCUUCUCUGCACUCUUUCUAGAGUCUCAACAUCUUUUUUACAUCGUGGCGACCAAAACUGAAUGUAAUAUUCCAAGUGUGGCCUUACCAAGGCAUUAUAAAGUGGUACUAACACUUCACGUGAUCUUGAUUCUAUCCCUCUGUUUAUGCAGCCCAGAACUGUGUUGGCUUUUUUGGCAGCUGCUGCACACUGCUGGCUCAUAUCUAAAUGGUUGUCCACUAGGACUCCAAGAUCCGUCUCACAGUUACUACUAUUGAGCAAGGUACCACAUAUACGGUACCGGUGCAUUUUGGGUUUUUUUGCCUAAAUGUAGAACCUUGCUUUUUUCACUGUUGAAUUUCAUUUUGUUAGUUAGCGCCCAAUGUUCAAGUCUGUCAAGAUCUUUCUGUAUCUUGAGCCUAUCUUCUGGAGUGAAAUGGAGUGGAAUGAAAUGUUAUAAGUCCCAGACUACCUCUACCUAACUCAGUAUCAUAGGCUGCAUGGCCUCCCCGGCUGUUCCAUGUAGAUGGGAAAAAGCAACAGGAACGGGCUUAACUCUGAGGGCAUCCCAAAUUUCAGGGCCAACACUUUUUUAUUUUGCAAGCAAAUAAUGCAGACAUAAUACAUGUACAGUAGAACCUCUGGUCACAAAUGCUUCUGACCACCACCAAAUUUCCUGUUUGUUUACAGACAACAAUGUCCCACGUGUGGUCGCUGCAUUAAUUUUGCAUUAAUUUCGAUCACGACCAAAUUGGGUUGCGACCAAAGUUAUGGAACAAAUUAUGGUCGUGACCAGAGGUUCUACUGUAACUCUUUAAUACAAAAAAAGAGGAAAAAAAUACAAAUAUUCCAGUGCACACACCCCCUGGAGAAAAUUUUUUCCCCUUAUAGUUCUUAUAUUUCUUCUAUUGUAUAACAACUACAAGAUAUGCAAUAUAUUUCAAUUGUGCCUUUAUCCACUCCUAAACAACAUAUAUUCUUGAGUAGGUUUAUUCCCUUUGCAUUCCACCAGUGGUGGGUUGCUACUGGUUCUGACCGGUUCUUAAGAACCGUUGGCAAAAAUCUGGCCAAGUUCACAGAACCAGUAACGAUGCCCAGCUGGCCGUGCCCCCGAACCGGUUCCCUUGGCCAAGGUUUUAAAAAAGGUUUUAAAAGGCUCCUCUGGCGAUCCCAGCUGAAUUGCUGAUAACCAGAACCUUUAAAAAAACAUGAUUUCUACAAGCUCUUCAGUUGAAGAACUUGUAGAAAAAAUCCUUUUAAGAGGUUGCGAUCAUAAUUGCUACCAACCUGCCUUCCAUUGAGGACCUGUAUACUGCACGAAUGAAGAAGAGGGCCAUGAAAAUAUUUACAGAUCCCUCGCAUCCUGGACAUAAACUGUUUCAACUCCUACCCUCAAAACGACGCUAUAGAGCACUGCACACCAGAACAACUAGACACAAGAACAGUUUUUUCCCGAAGGCCAUCACACUGCUAAACAAAUAAUUCCAUCAACACUGUCAAACUAUAUACUGAAUCUGCACUACUAUUAAUCUUCUCAUCCUUCCCAUCACCAAUCUCUUUCCACUUAUGACUGUAUGACGGUAACUUUGUUGCUGGCAAUCCUUAUGAUUUAUAUUGAUAUACUGACCAUCAAUUGUGUUGUAAAUGUUAUACCUUGAUGAACGUAUCUUUUUUUUAUGUACACUGAGAGCAUCUGCACCAAGACAAAUUCCUUGUGUGUCCAAUCACACUUGGCCAAUAAAAUUCUAUUCUAUUCUAUUCUAUUCUAUUCUAUUCUAUUCUAUUCUAUUCUAUUCUAUUCUAUUCUAUCAUCUGGGCUGCAUCAGGCAACUUCAGCUGGGAUCAUCAGAGGAGCCUUUUAAAAUCUUUUUUUCCUCUGGCGAUCCCAGAUAAGUUUCCUGAUCAUCACAGGCUUUUAAAAUCACUUUUUUACAACCUCUUACAACAGUCCCCACCCAUGCCCACCCAAUCACCGCCUCCCCCAUUUACCUAAUUAGUGCGCCUUUCGGGCUCGCAAAACCAUGGCUUCUGCAAUCAGUUGCAUCAGCUAGCAACUGAAUCUGCCUGCCUGCAAUCCAUCUCCUCGGUGAGCAACUCAAUCUGCCUGCCUCCAAUUGGGUAAGUAAACUAUUAAAAAAUAGUUAAUUGGGUUUUUUUUAAGGAGUUGGGUUUUAAGACAGCAAUUAAAAGUUAAGGAAGUUUUAAAUUUAGCUGCUUUUAUCUAAAACAGGGGUCUCCAACCUUAGUAACUUUAAGGCUUGUGGACUUAAACUCCCAGAGUUCCUCAGCCACUUUCCAGUUGAAGUCCACAAGCUGUCCAUUGCUUUCCAUUGCUAUGCAAUGAGGUUAUAAAAAAUGAUAUCAAGGGUCUACAUUGCUUAGUGAGGGCAAUCCUGGCAGUUCCAGUGGCCAUGGCUAUUCUAGCACCCUGUGGGUCAUUAAGUGAGGACCUCAUGUGAUUUGAAAGUGGGAAGAGUCCCAGGGAAGCAGGCCAACAGCUGAGAGUUACAGGCAAGUGGGUGGUCCCCGGGCCUGCUCCUUUCUGGCCCUGGGAGAGGAAUUGAGAGCCAACUAUUAAAGCCCAGGACUCUUUAGAUCAGCUUCCUACAAACUAGCACCCUCCAAAUCUUUUGUCCAAACUGCCUGGGAAUAUUCAAUGCUGGAAUCUUGACUCCUCCGGAAAUUGGCUUCUCAGAGCAAUCCUGCCCUCUAGUGAGAUUUAGGCCCUGCAAGAAUGCAGAUGAAAAAAUAAUUACUCCUAUCCAGAUAUGCUUGGAAACAAUGUGGGGUGGGGGGGAAUCCAAUAUUUUGUCCCAUAUUUCAUUUCCUUCACUAAUGGGAUGAAGCUGGCAAUCCUUUAAAGCUGAUGCAUCAGCUGGUAAUCUUGUGAAGCUAAGUAGGAUCAAGCUUCACUCUUCAAGCUUCCCUCAGUUGCAAAGUUAAUUUUUGGGGAGUUUUCCUGCACCCCCAAGAGGGAGAACUGGCUGGAAUAGUCUUUGCAGAUCCUGUAGAGAGGUGCGCUUUCUUGUUGCCUGAUGCUUUCCCUUGUUUUAGUUCUUGCAAAGGAAGCUCCAGGCUCAGCUGCAGUGACGAUAAGGACAUCCAUGCGAGACCCCAAAGGACAGACUGAGGCUAGAUCAUCCUGGAGAAAAUUAUGGAUGUGAUGGCUGAGAGUGGAAAACGGCACUUCAUUAGAAAAAUCUUAAAAAGCAUCUGAUAGGGACGGAAUGAGCGUAUUUUCAGUCUUCUGUCACUAGAUGGAGCUCUAACACCACAGCAGGCCUUUGAAAAUCAUCUGUCUCAUAGCAGCAUUGGUGGUGGCUGAGAUCCUACAUCCAAGGCGAGUGAUGGAGUUAAAACAAGUGAGUAUUGCUAGAAAGAAUGUUGAUUGGACGAAAGGAGCAGAGGAUGGAGCCGCCGGCAGUAGUGCUCUUCCCAGGGUCGAAGCAGCUGCUGGAAGAUUUGAAAAGUCUUCAAACUAAAAUUGAUUUCUUGGGAUUUUAUGGACAUGGUAUUUCUUGGCACCAUGAAUGAAUGAAUGAAUUAAUUAAUGAGCUGGAAUGGACCUUGGAGGUCUCCUAGUCCAGCCCCCUGUUCAAAUAGGAGAACCUAUACCAUUUCAGGUAAGUAAAUGUCCACUCAUCUGUCUGUGGCUCAGGCUGCUAAUGCAGUCUGUUAUUAACAGCAGCAGCCUGCAAUUACUGCAGGUUCUAGUCCCACCAGGCCCAAGGUUGACUCAGCCUUCCAUCCUUUAUAAGGUAGGUAAAAUGAGGACCCAGAUUGUUGGGGGCAAUAAAGUUUACUUUGUAUAUAAAUAUACAAACAGAAUGAAGACUAUUGCUAACAUAGUUUAAGCCGCCCUGAAUCUUCGGAGAAGGGCGGGAUAUAAAUGUAAAUUAAAAAAAAACAAAAACCUCCAGUGAUGGAGCUCCCAUGACUUCUGAAGGCAAAGCUUUUCUGUUGGUUAAUUGUCCUCACAAUACUUAAUUCCAGGUUGCUUCUCUCUCUGAUCAGUUUCCAACCAUUGUUUCUUGUCUUACUACCCUCUGGUGCUUUGGAGAAUAAUUUGACCCCCUCUUCAUUGUGGCAGCCCCUCAAGAACUGGAAUACUGGUAUCAUGUUCCCCCCAGUCCUUUUUUUCUCUAGACUAACCAAACCCAUUGGUCUUUUCUGGGAUUUUACUUUCUUUUACUUCCACGUUUAGCUCCUAUUGGAGCUUCAUCAAUUUAUUAACCAGGUUGAACCGUUCUUAAGUCAGCAUUUUUUUUAAAAAAAAAUUAGCUGUUAAGGAUCUUUUGUGAGGUUGAGUUGUGUAGGAAGUCCUUGCGUAUGGUUUCUUCCCUGAGCCUUCAAAGUUACUACGGCACUGUAAAAGCAGACAUACUCCUGGUCCACAGAUUUGUGGCCAUGGUGGCGCUUCUUCGGUGACCGCACUUCAGCCCUUCCUGUGGCUCUGAACGUCCAGGAAAAGGAGUUGCACCAAUUUGGGUGCUCCCACAGGUGCACGUUUAUGAUCCCAUUUGUGACUUCCCAGCUAUCUUCUGAGAAGGGGAUGCUGGCAAGAAACCGCCAGCCAGUCCGGUGAAAGUGCCUUUAACAACCCACAGUGAUCAGGUUGACAGCUGCAGAGGAGGAGAUACAGGUUGGCACUGUCAGGUGACAUGAUUAAUGAAUGGGCUACUUUAGUGACACAGAUGCCAGCCCCAAUUGCGGUCAGUAAGUGAGGACUACUUGAACGGGUAUGUCACAAGAGGGGUUUGGGGCAAUAUUUUCUGUCCUUCUUGUGAGCUGAAGACUUCCAUGGGCAAAACUGGCGCUUCAAAACUUGCAGAGACUUUUGGCAUCAUUUCAUCAGUUAAAGCCCCACAUCUCUAAAAGGAGCUCAAGAGGUUUGACUGUAACCAUUUUGGGACAUUUUUCAGACUAAAAUAUGUGUGGAUUUUCUCUAUAUAUACGUUUGUAUCUGUGUAUAUUUGUAUUUGUCUCUGUGUAUAUAUCUUAUCCCUCAAACCUCCAGAUAUAUAGUGGAUAUAGAAUGUCUACACCCCCCUUGUAAAAUGCCAGGUUCGUGGGAUGUAACAAAAUCAGACCUCAGAAUUUUUUCCACCUUUCAGAUAACUUACAAUUCAAUUGAAACAGAAACCAAAAUCAUUUACAGGGAAGAAAUGACAAUAGAAACUUAUAACCACAUGGUUUCCGAAUGAUGCACACCCUUAAACUAAUACUUUCUUGAAGCACAUUUUGGUUUUCUCACAGCAUGCAGGCUUUUGGGGGAAGAGCCUCUCAGCAUGGCACAUCCAGCCGUGGGAAUCUUUGUGGCUCCCGCCCCCGAACCUGGCCCCAUGCCCGAAAGUGCCUUGGAGCCGGGCGUGCUGCCAGAAAGUGACUCAGAGCCAGGCCUGCUGCCAGAAAGUGAUUUGGACAGUGAGGGGGAAGGGCCAUCAGGACUUACCUCAGAAGCACCAGCCUCCCUGGCUCAGCUCCAGGAGCCAGAAGCAGGCCAGGUGAAAGAGAUAACCAGGUGAAAGAGAUAACCCCCAGGCCACGCCUGCAGACCCAGCUGACAGCAAUCAGGUGUGGUUGAAUCCUAGGUUUUCUAGACAGGAGAGAAGGGAACAACAGAAGCAGGGGAGGGGCAGGCCUAGGAAGUGCUGAGUCACACUCCACAGGAUAUAAAAGGCAGCAAGAGCUGGUGUGUCUCUUUGUAUCAGGCAAAUCCACUGGUUGACUAGAGCUGAAGGUUGUGACUCACCAGCGUCUUGGCAGCUAACGAGGGCUCUUGGCAGACGCUGGCUCUUUUGCUGCCAAAGCUUAUAAGAGCCGGCUAAUUAAGCCAUUGUUCGGACGGAGGCAAGGACAGAACAGGAAUCUUUGCCCACUAAACCAGGGGUGGGCGUGGCCAGUACGUAACGCAUCUGGCCAAAGUGCCGGGAAUAUGACACCCAUGACCUAGAACAUACUUCCAAGUCAAUAAAACAAUGGCCUAACCAGAAAAUGAAAAAAAGUUUUGGAAUGGCCCAACUAGAGCCCGCUCCAGUGUUUCAUUAUUCUAUUAAUAGCAUGAAGCUGGCAACCGUUUAGGGCCACACAGAAACAAAAACACUUCAAGAACUCUCAGGGCGCAGCAAUUGCCUCAACCUGUGAACUUAAAAUAGGGCCAAGCUUCAUUCUUACAGCUUCGAUCUUUUGCCAAAGCAGGUUUCCAGGAGUUCUCUUGCCCCCCUCCAGGCGAAAAACUGGCUGGAACAAUCUUCACUAGCCCCCCAAGGGAGGUCCAGUUUCCGGUUGGCUGUUAUACGUCAUUCACCCGCCUUGGACGCUUUCCUUGGGUUUAGGCUGAGCAAGUGGGACAGUGGCUGCCCUCUUGGGAGACCUGAAAGAAAAGGUUUGGGAUACAUUGUCCUGCACAAAAACUAUUCAUGUGCUGGAUACGGGUCGGAUGCGACUUGAUGGCAGAGAAGGAAGCACGGAAUCAAUGAAAACAUUCUGCUUUUAUGAUUAUAUUGAUAAUUGAAAACAAUUAUUAUAUUGAUAUUGAUAUUGUUUCCUGAUUGUUUAUUUGUACCCUGUGACUAUCAUUAAGUGUUGUACCUUAUGAUUCUUGAUGAACAUAUCUUUUCUUUUUAUGUACACAGAGAGCAUAUGCACCAAGACAAAUUCCUUGGACAAUAAAAAAUUCUAUUCUA